AUGUCUACAUCUGUCGAACACAGCAAAUCUCAGGAUCUGCACUCUGAGGAUAUCGCCAGAUAUAUCAUUGUCGGAGACGCUGAGAAGAAGCUCGUCCGAAAGAUUGAUCUUCAUUUGAUGCCUUCAAUCUUUAUUCUAUAUCUUUUCUCCUACAUAGAUAGAUCGAACAUUGGCCUUGCAAACAUCGCCGGAAUGGAAGAGGACUUGCACCUCACAUCACACCAAUGCUAUAUAGCCGUGAUAGUAUGGAUCAUUGGCUAUACUAUCUCUGCAGUACCAUCCAACAUGAUUCUCUCUCGAACUCGCCCAUCGGUUUUCCUUCCAAUAAUCACGUUUGCAUGGGGACCUGUCGCGGCCUUGAUAGGAGCCGUCCGUAACCAGAGCCAACUAAUAACCCCAAGAUUCCUUCUUGCGGUCUUUGAAGUAGGGUUUAGUCCAGCCGUGAUCUUCUUAAUCUCUACCUGGUAUCGAAAGAACGAGCAAUCUAAACGGCUCAGCGUCUUCCUGACCGCAGGAAUACUUUCCGGAGCCUUCGGUGGUGUAAUAUCAGGAGCCAUCACAUCGAUAUUAGACGGCGCACACAGUACCCGCGGCUGGAGAUGGCUUUUCAUAGUCGAAGGAGUCGCAACUGCCGGAAUAAGCCUGAUCGUCCACGGGACUCUACUAGACUACCCACACAGCAGUCGGGGACUAUCCCCCGAAGAACGAAAGCUAGCCCAACAGAGACUCAUCAAAGACGGAAUCGCCGACCAAGGCGACUCAAGAAAUCAGAAUACCUCUAUCUUUAUACUAUUGCUAAAAGCACUCUCAAACUGGCGAACCUGGGUACUGGCCCCGGGGUACAUGGCCCUUGUGGGAGCUGGGGCAAUCCCAUACUUCUAUCCCACGAUACACAUCCACCACAGCGCAGUACAUGACAGCUCCACUCUAUAUCGCCUCACUAACUGCCGCUAUCCGAUUUGCUGGUUCGCUGACCACAAACUCCAUACUAGGGGACAGCUAUUGGUGGGCACUAUGAUAGUCGGGAUGGUGUUCUUCGCUCUUACGGCGGGUAUUCGAAAUUAUACUGCGCGAUAUGUAUUUCUGUGCUUCCUUAACAUGACGCUCUGGACGUGA